AUGAGCGUCGCCACACCUCUCUUGCAAACAAUCGAGCCCGACGAGCCUAUUGCUUCAUCACAGCCAGUCUCAGGAAAUAUCAAUUCAAAUGCGAGCAAUACACGACGUGCUGAACCAGUCACGCUCACGCCUACGAACCGGGCCACUCAGGGAGCAAUGGCCACCAACCAAGGAGAUGCAGAGUUAGGAAUUGCGGGCAUCUUCAGACAGUCCGCGCAUCCAAUCCCUCUGUUCUUCCUAUUCCUCUUUCGAAUAGCCGCGAUCACAACAUAUAUCCUCUGCGGGUUCUUCACAAGCAACUAUGUCAUAUCUACGGUCGUAGUUGUUGUCCUAUUGGCGAUGGACUUUUGGAACUGCCGUAACGUUUCAGGCCGGACAUUGGUAGGCUUGCGAUUUUGGAACCAGGUGGACGACGAUGGUGAGAGUUACUGGGUGUUCGAAAGCCGAGACCCAUCCCGACCAGCCAACCCAAUUGACUCAAGGAUGUUCUGGAUUGCGCUUUACACCUUCCCCGCUCUUUGGAUCGUACUCCUUAUAGUCUCUUUUCUUAAGUUCAAUCUCUCUUUUGUCCCCAUCGUUAUCCUCGCUCUUGUCUUCAACAUGACGAACGUCGUUGGAUUCACGUACGCCGAUCGCGACGCAAGACAACGCUGGGCUGCCAAUGCCGGGGGCUGGAGCAUGGGCAUGGGAGGCUUUGGAGGGCAGAUACUUACUGGGGCGAUCAAAAACAGUGUUGGGAGGGUAUUUGGAUGAUUCACUGGACUUUAGGACGACCAGUCCAUAAUUAUUCUAGCCUGUGCUUGCUAUUCGUUUCUAUGCAGUAUCUUGGGUCCUC